CACCAACUGUACCAUUCGACGUAACACCGAGACCGCUCACUGCUAUCUUGUUAAAGGCAAAGCGCGAUUUUAGGGACACUCUUCAAACGGCCCUCUUCAUUCACCACAGCAUUCCGGCUCAACAUAGUCUUUAGUUUGGCCCAUCAGAUCAGAUUCGCCCUUAGACCAUGGCUACGUCUUCAACAGACCUGUACAAGCACCUCCCAGUAGACUCGAGGGAGAUACGGUUGCUUCGGGUCAUUUCCCUUGAGGAGAAUUGCACACUCUGGAGCCUAGAAGUGGCAUCUUUAGACAUCAACCCUCAGUUUAUUGCGUUGUCUUAUGUAUGGGGGGAUCAAUCCCGAACUGAGGGCAUAAGCAUCAAUGGCCAAGCCAUCGCCGUCACUGACAACCUGGCCCAUGCACUUCACCACUCCCAAAACGUUUGGGCUAGCAUCCACCAGGACGUUACUCUGUCUGGACUACGCAUCUGGGUUGAUGCUGUUUGCAUCAACCAGGCAGACCUUUCGGAGCGCAGCAGGCAAGUACGGAUGAUGGGAUCGAUAUAUUCUUCGGCCAAAUUUGUCUUCUCCUGGCUUGGACUUGAGGCGUCGAGUUACGAUUACUUGGGCUGGGGCAUGGACACUUUCGCCACGCUGGCGCACGAAGUCGACGGUCUAAGUGUGGACGAGCUCGUUAAGUUUGACUUGCUUCGACCUCAUCCGUGGCUUUGUUGGGACCAUAAAGACAACGGCCGCACGAUGAACACGCGUUGGAAUGGCACCAUACACCUCAUGGAGAAAGAAUACUGGAAGAGGCUAUGGAUAUAUCAGGAACUUGUCCUUCCCAAGGAUGUCUACCUUUUCACUUCCUCUCGACAUUUACAUCUCGACAAGGUCCUAUGUGUCAGUCAACAGUUGAGGGCACUCAGAGCCGCUGUCCUAAAGGCCGAGACGCCAAAGCCCUCGUUUCUAGAUGGCUCGAUUUGGUUGAACCUUUUCGGCACCAGCUCUCCCGAUAUAUGGGCUCCUCUUACCUGGGUUUCAGAAGGACGUCGAAACUUUCACAAAGGCGACAAUGUCCCUCGGGCUGUUGAUGGUUCGAACAGCAAUCAAUGGGACCUUGCAUUCACGAUCGCGCGAAAGCUAGAGUCGACGGAUCCAAAAGACCUCAUCUACGGUCUUCUUGGUGUCCUGAACCUUGACGUGGUACCGGACUACAGUCCCGCCACCACCGUGGCGGACGUCUACCGCGACUUUAUUCGGGCGUAUCUGGAUCAUUGCCAGCGGUUACAGCAACCUGAAAGCCUUGUCUUUCUAACUUAUUCUGGCAUCGGCAUGUCCGACAGUACUGCUACCAAUUUUCCGUCGUGGUGUCCAAGGUUUUCCGCUCCGCUGUCUCAGGGGCUUGCCACUCAUUCCGAUGCUAUCUUCGAUGCCGGAGCAGGCAUUAUCUACCCGGACAAACCCAGUGCAACAAUUCAGGGGCAACACUUGUAUGUUCUAGGGGUGGAAAUUGACUCCAUCAUCAGCAUCGACGAAAUGGAACUCAAGGUCAAUAUCAACGAAAACGAUGGGAGGAUAUUCAACGAACUCAAGAAAGUCUUCUGUCAGAUGACGCCGACAUUCCGCUCACUUACUGGCACCAAUCCGAUUGUGGCGGUGUAUCGACUGCUCGCAAGUAUCCACCCAGUGAGCCAUUACGCUUCAGACAACCUGGGAAGCGAUUCGAUCUUCUUCCUUCGCCUUGAUCCUCUGCUUGAUGCCCUGAGAACACUAGAUGUCGACACCCUCCGAGCGGCUUUAGAUCCAGAAUCGGACGCUAAAUCGAAGCACGGCUAUAUUUCCGCGGAUUAUGGAGACCCCGACCAUCUUCCCCUCUUCAUGGAAAGCCCACAGCGAUACAUGGAGUAUGUCGUAGGCUCGGUUGUCCGUGAAUACCGGGGUUCAUCCAUCUUAAGCGCUAUGAUAUCUGUCAUUGAAGUAGCGCAUCGACAAGAUAAACACACUAUCUUUCGAAUAUCCAAGGAUUAUCUUGGAAUCGCCCCAUGGGGUUGUGCGAGGCAGGACAAAGUCUGCAUUCUCCAAGGCUCAAAAUAUCCCGUCAUUUUACGCAAGGAAGCUGAUCACUAUGUCCACGUUGGAACUUGCAUUGUUCCCGGGCUGAUGGAUGGAGAGGCGAUCGGACUGGCCAGAUCUGGCAGGGGUGGUAAUAUUCAGAGAUUCAGCAUCCGAUAACAAAAAGGGGCCGAUUAUCUGACCUUCAAAGAAUAGCGUAAAUGGCAAGCAGCAGGCUCUUGCGACCACCACCCCUUGAUCUGGCUGUCCUUGCAACGCCUUCCUCUAUGACCACUAUCAUUGAUGCGUAUGUCAUAUAGGAUAUUAGAUGCGAUGUCAAAUUCCGCGUCUCUACGGAAACUAAUUUGCUAUAUUUUACUUCUUGACUUAGCCUUCUGUUGCUGUUCGAAUUCAAACUUGUUGACGGCUUCCUUGUACUCUCCAAAGCCAUACCUAUCAGCAUGAAUAAUAUCAUAUUCGCGGUUAUUAA